AUGGACAGCAAAGAUAACGAUAUUCACACAGUAAACCCGCGGGAGCUCGUCGGACCCUGGGAUUUUAAAGAGAGGCAGUAUCUGCCCGCUUUGACAUGGUCGCAAAAGCUGAACUUUGUCCGCGUAAUGGGCUCUGUGCCCUUCCGGGUUGUAUGGUGGACCAUCAAGUACUUUAUGCCCGGAGGGUACCGCCCCGUGAGGUACAAACGGCGGAUUAUGAACCUGGUCAUGGCCUACACCCUGAACGCGCUGUCUCUCCCGGAGUUACGCUUGAUUCUGCCCGUGGUACCCCUGCGCAGGUUCUUGGAGAGUCGGGCCCUCCGGGCCUUCGCUGGUCUGCCCAAUUUCAACCACUACUUCCACGCGGAUGACACUAGUGCCCGGUGGAUCACUGAGGUUAACGGACGCCGCAAGGAGGAUCCAGUGAUUUUGUACCUGCACGGCGGUGGGUUCUUCUUGAAGACAAUGCCCGAGCAAAUCACUUGGAUGUGCAAGCUUGUGGAAGCGCUGCCCCAGCACAGACUGUCUGUACUUGAAUUGGACUACACAGUGAGUCCCCAGGGCCAGUACCCCGUCCAAUUGAACGAGGCCCUUAGUGUGUACAAAGAGCUCACCAAGACCUGUUCCAAAAUUAUCAUUCUCGGCGACUCGGCAGGUGGCAACUUGGCUUCCAGUCUCACGGCCCACAUGGUCAAGAACAAUUCGCCGCUUCCGCGCCCCUGGAGUGUCGUCUUAGUUUCUGCGUGGACUGAGUUCGACAGGGUGGAUGGCUCAGCUAUCACCAACAAAGACUACGAUUACUUGAACCUGGACAAUAACGACACCCUCACCAUGUACUACGCAGGUACCAGAGACAACCUCAAGAACCCCUAUGUUAACAUGUGGGUUGGUGGUAGCGAGUUCUGGCAGGGCGUUUUCCCUGAGCGGACCAUAGCGGUGUGGGGCGAUAAGGAGCUCUUUAGAGACGGAUGCCGCCGGUUCGCCAAGAUGGCCGAUAUCAAGCACACCUUCGAGGAGCCCAACGGCGUUCAUGACGUGUUGAUGGUUGGCUUCAGAGCACCGUCCAGCAAGUUCAUUACUCAAACCCUUGAUAAGUGGCUCUCGGAGCCUGAUCGGGUAGCGCCAAAGGCCACUUCGUCCUCUGUUUCUUCUUCUAGAUUGUAG